AUGCAGUUUACUCUACACUCCCAAGAAGGAAAACAAACUAUUACACAAAAAGAUGGCUCGCUUGUACAUAAAGGAAAUAGCCUCUUUCCUUGGCCUUUCAGAGGUCGCGUAGACUACAUGUUUGGCGUGGACGGCGUGUUUAUAACAGCAGAGGAGGUGUUGGGGUUGGUGGAUCGGUUCCCCCCGGAAGAAGUGGUGGGCCCCGAGUUCGAGGAUUUGGAUAUCCCAGUACUCAAAGAGGGGGGCCUCGCUGUCACCUUUCAACAGAUACACUGUCUAGGAAUGGAUAUAAUAGCUCAGCGGUACGGAGAAGAGCUAUCUGACCACUGGCCUCUUUCAGCUCGUAUAUGUAUAGGGCCCCCGAAAGUGAAGCAGCAGUCUCUGCCUCGCCCCCGUAAGGAACAGCUGCUGCGGGGCCCCUCUCUGUGUAUUGAUGCUUCUUAUAAAGGCAGCAGCAGCAGCAGCAGCAGCAGCAGAAGGGAGACAAAGAAAGAAGGGGCUCUUAAGGGUCUAGAGACAGAGAGACAGAUGGCCCCCAAUCAGCUAGCUGGAUGGAGACAGCGCAAUGCCCCAGAUGUGCUGCAACCUUCACAAGAAAAGCAGCGGCAGAAGCAAAACGAGCCGCCGAGUGGGAGGAGCAGCAGAGACUGCAACAAAUUCAGCAGCAGCAACUCAAAACGAGCCGCCGAGUGGGAGGAGCAGCAGAGACUGCAACAAAUUCAGCAGCAAGCAAAACGAGCCGCCGAGUGGGAGGAGCAGCAGAGACUGCAACAAAUUCAGCAGCAGCAACUGCUGCUGCUGCAGCAGCAGCAACAAGAAGCACAACUAGCACAGCAAAUACAACAAAUGAAUCUCGCCCAGGGCGAUGGCUAUGUAGGAGCAGAAGCGACUGGAGGGGAGCAGCAGCAGCAGCAGCAGCAGCAGCAGACAGAAGCACAGCCUGCUGCUGCUGCUUCACCGUCCCCUGCUGCAGGAGAAGACAAAGAGAAGAAGGGUGUCCCCUUGGCAGCCCAAAGAGCCCUCGAAGCGAUGAAGGCCAGACGCAAACCCCUCAGGAUGUAA